UGUAGGACAAAACAGCUGUUAAAAAUGUUCAAAGACGUAUAUGAGAUGGCUUAGUACAGUUUUACUCAGGCAAGGUGCCAGGGCAUGUUAUGUAAAGUGUUGAUCUUUCCUACAUUUUAAAUUGAAUAUAGAACAGUUGGGUUCCAUCCCUCCUUCCUGGCAACCAGCCCAGCCUUGGGCACUUCCAUAUAAACUGGGUUUCUCCUGGCUGCCCAAGGUACCAGCAAGACUCAGAGACUGCAGAGAUGAUGGUGAUCUUUUCAGGAAUCAAGAGAAUGCUCUUCCUUUUGUUCUCUUGCCUCUGUUCUGGCCAGCUUGCAUCUCCACUGCUGCGUUUCUCCACCUUCCUGGAUCCUUCUAGCAUGUUCCACCUCUGCUGGGACCAUGAGGAACAGGAGCUGAUGGGGUUGAGCUGCACAUCCACACUGCCUCAUCCACACUGUAGAUUCAGCUAUCAUGGAGAGCUGCCUGGAUCUGACAUUGUGACAGGAGGUGCUUUCUGAAAUGGCAGCAUCUGCAUCUCUGUCUGGAUACAGUAAGCAAGCACAUUAAAUCCAGAAAAAUCCACAUUUGCUCAGCUGUCAUCCACUGAGUACAUCCACUGAACCCAAGGAACAGAUAGUUUGAGGGAAAGACAUCCUAGUUACUGUACAGUGAUGCAGUGGACUCAACUGACCCCAGGAGAUUCUUCACCUCUGACCUGAGGCUGCACAAUAAGUUGAUGUGUGACCAGAAGAGUCAAGAACUUCCUCCUGAAUGUUAGAAAGGGGAGGGACCUCUGAGUUGUUCCCAGCCCAGAGUGCCGCUGUCAGAACAGCCGAGGGAGGAAAGAAGAGAGUGGAACAAAAAUGGCAGAAAAUGUCCUUUAUGCUGACUUGAACUUACCUGAACCAACCAGACCCAGAGUCCUGACGGUCCCUGAUGUCCCAGACUCAAGUUGUACCUAUGCAGAAGUGAAAGUGAAAUCCCAAGAGACAAAUGCUGCAGCAAACUGCAAAUCAUCAGGUAAAAGCUGUUGUUCCAGAAAACAUGCUGCUAUAUUGGUGGUGAUAAUCCUCAUACUGGUCCUGGCAGUAUAUUUAAUAAUCACAUAUGCUCCAACUGCAGGCAGCCAAGAGGACUCAACAAGAACCACCCCUGCAGAGGCACUAGAUGGUCCAACUGCAGGCAGCCAAGAGGACUCAACAAAAACCAUCCCUGCAGAGGCACUAGGCUGCCCCGCAGCAUGGAAGAAACAUGGGAGAAGUUGCUAUUUCUUUUCUCCAGAGACGAAACCAAGGAGCUGGGAAGCCUCUCGUGCAGAAUGCACUGCCAUGGGCUCAGACCUGGUGGUCAUUGAGAGCAGGGAAGAGCUGAGAUACCUUUUCUUACAAUCAAGAUAUAAUUACUACUUACUUGGUCUUACACGCUCUGAAGAGGGGCAGAAGUGGAAGUGGAUCAACAACGUGGAACUGGACCCAGACAUGUUCCAUCUAAAUGGACGUUACCAUGACUAUCACUGCACGGCCAUUGGAUAUGAUCAAGUACAUACUGCACCUUGUGAUGGAUCCGACACAACAAAAAAUAUGUGUGAAAAAGCUGCAACAAUCCCAUAAAGGCAUCAGAAGGAGAGCUAAAAACAAGAGGUGCAGGCUGAUCUGUUAUUGCCAGCUUCGUGUAGGACCCGUGGGUGGGAUGUGUCUCAUUUCUCUUUAGCUGCCCAAUCUCUGCUCCCAGGCUCUCCUGCAGCCUCUGUCCAGACUGGUGGCCCAGCUCAGCCCAGCCUUUCCCUGAUGGUGUCUGAGGCUGGAGGGAUCCCCUCUGCCAGAGCUGGCACUGGCACUCAGGAGGAGUCUGGCACUGUCUCAUGCCAGAGGUGGCACUUCCAGGCAGGCACUGCCAGGGGAGAGGAGUCCAGCCUGGGGACAGGGGUGAUCCCAGCCUGAUCCUGACUCUGCAAGUCACAUCCAUCCACAGCCCUGUGUUCCCAGCCCUGCCUGGGCCCAAGGAGACCCUUCCCCACCUGGCCACAGCCUGGCCUUGCCUGCAGCCACAAGGGAAGGGCAGCACAGAUUUCUGGUUGGGAUCCUGUAGGGAAAGGCAACCCCACUCCUUGCCGGGAUGGACAGGAUAAAGUCAGGUGGGGUUGUGGAUAAAUAUUCCCCUGUCCCAGACUGUUCAAAGGCACAUGGGAUCCCAGAGCUUGUGGGGGAAUGGGAAUCAGCCCAAUCCUGUGUGGGGAAGGGAAGGAAUGUCAGAUUUAUGAUCUGCUGGGGAAGGGCACUGAAUAGAGACCAGCAAGGCCUGGAGAACAGAGUCCCAAGAGAAGCUGAUCUGGACAGAAAUCAGAACAAUGAAACCCACGGUGACCUGUGAAGGAGCUGCUGAGAAGUGUGAGAGUGACCCACAUGGAAUGGCAACAGGGUGCUCUGCCCUCUUUUUCUUGGAGAUUGAUCACAGGACAGGGCUGCUCCAUUGAUGAGCUCUGUGUCCCCCCAGAGAGCUCCACUCAGCUGCCUGGGCUGACUGCUGGGCCCCUGUAGAGUUCCUCUCCUUUGCAUUGCAUGGAAUAAAGCUUUCCUUUUCAAAAGUCAAA